CUUUUAUUACCUCAAUUUUCCUCAAGAUCCUCUACGGUUUAAAUGCCUUGUCUACUUGUCUUCAUCCUCGAAUGGGUCGACUGGGGGCUCGUCACCGAGGAUGCUUUCGUCACAUUCGUGUUCGGAGCGAGCAAGGGUGUGGGCGAGUACUAUACCUCCGACGCGGACACGGUCGCAUUGCCGAUCAUGGCCUCUCUAGUCUCGAGCAUCGUGCAAUGUUUCUUUGCGUGGCGCAUCUACACACUCUCAAAAAGGAGCAUCCUCACAGGCAUCAUUGUUGUGUUGGUGCACACGCCCUCAGUUGGAGACGUUCUGGCGUCAACCUCGGGGCGUGCUAUCAUGUUGUGCAUCUGGAUUGGCGGAACAGUUUUGGUCGACGUGAUCAUUGCUAUCGCAAUGACUCUGCUGAUGUUGAAGAUGAGAACAUCAUUCGCCCAUUCAAAUCGCAUUAUCAACAAGCUCAUCCGUUUUACCUUAGAGACGGGAGCUCUGACUGCAGGCAACUCGAUCAUUGGAGUGAUAUUGGCUCUGGCGUUUCCGAACCAAUCGUACUAUAUGCCAGCUCGCUCACCUCCUAAGCCGCGCAUACUUGUCCGGCCUGCGUCGACGGUUAAUCACAACGACCAUAUAUUGACCUCCAUGACGUCCGCGCACACGUCGACCCCUACGCGAGAUAUCGAGAUGUCCUCCCUAAAUUACAAGGUCCCGACAUUGGCUGGGACUAUGGCAUCGGAUUGAAGGCCAGUGAGCCGACAGCGACGUAAUAAAGGGCUUGUUCUUGUAGGCUUCAUGGACGCAAGGGCAACAUAUCAGCUAUACAACGUGUAGUAACUCCAAGUGCUUUGUCUGAAUUUGUCGAUGCAUAUACUGUUCUGCGGC